AUGUCUGGAAUCUUCAACGCGCUCGGUGACACUUUGACCAGCGUUGGAACCGCCGCGGGGUCGGGCGUCUCUUCCACAGGCACUGCUGUCGGCUCGGGAGUCGCAGGGACGGGCCAGGGCUUGAGCGAUCUCAGCCAGGGGACCGACCAGAAGGUGAUGCGCGAGGCAGGACGCGGUGGUGACCAGCUCGUCAGCGGAGUGGCGCAGGGCCUCGGACAAGGUCUGGGUGCCGUCGGCUCUGGACUUGGUACAGGUCUGAAGAGCCUUGGGAAGGGCGUAAACGACACUACCGGUCUAUGA